CAUGGCAUUAUAUCUGAGGAUACUGCUCCUCGCUCUGCUGCACCUAACGGGUGGGCUGAAGUUGUUUGUCCAUUCACCACAAAAAGCACUGCUUGGAUCUGAUGUUCUUCUCCAUUGCAACUUCUCUGUGACUAGACCUCCAGUGGAUCUCAAAUUUCUUGCCAUAUUAUGGAAGUAUCAGGAGAACCAAAUUCUAAGAUAUGAUAGUAAAGAUUUAUAUCACCAACCAAGAGUGUCAUUCAAUGAACAAGAUGCGAGAAAUGGAAUUGCAUCCAUUUCAUUGUCCAACGUGACCAUCAAAGACGGAGGAAUGUAUAAAUGCUUUGUGAUUUACAGCCCGGAUAGUAAAGAUGAGGUUGUCAAUCUGGAUAUCCUAGUUCCUCCGAUGAUCCAGAUUCCUAGUAAACGUGUCCAUAAGUUUGAGAAGAAAACUCUGCUGUGUUCAGUCAUUGGUUUCCAUCCUCCAGAUAUUGACAUUACUUGGUUUAGAGAUGGAGAGGUUCUCGUGGAUUCAAUCUUCAGUAAAAAACAGAGAAAUGACGAUGGCACUUACAGUGUGAAUAGCUCGGUGACAAUAAUGCCAGAUCACAAUUACAAGAACCAGACCUUCUCCUGUAGAGUCCAACAUGAAGCUCUUCGAGAACCUCUUGAGGAGAACUUCCAACUUCUCUAUGAAGGUCAGACGAGGAGCAGAAUUCUUGUGAUAAUUGUGAUAAUCGGUGUAUCCGUUUUUCUUGUUUUGCUGGUUUUCCUAACGUGGUUUUUCAAAACCCCACGCUGCAGAAAAAGCUGGAGUAAAGGUAACCAGUUCAUACCUCUUUUCUACUUCUGUCUUCUGUCUGCUAGACGUGCACGGUGA